AUGGUGGAGACUCUGGCCGUGGCUGUUCUGGGAGCCCCUAAGGUGGGCAAAACAGCCGUCGUCCGCCAGUUCUUGUACCACGACUUUACAGAGACCUACAGCCCAACGAAGCGCCGCUGUACCUACAGGCCCUCUGUCGUUUUCAACGGGAGCAUGUAUGACCUGAAGAUCAUGGAUGUGCCUCACUUAACGGCUUUCCCAGCCAACAGCUCUCAGGAGUGGUCAGACCUCAAAUCCCGAGGGUUGAGGAACACGGAUGCCUACAUACUUGUGUAUGAUAUCUGCAGCCCUGAGAGCUUUGAAUACGUGAAAAUGAUCCGUCAGCAGAUACAGGAAAACAGGAUGGGUAGCGCCGGUGAAGUCCCCAUCAUCGUGGUGGGGAACAAACGGGACCAGCAGAGGCAGCGCUUCAUGCCCCGGCAGACCCUCUCGGCGCUCGUCAAGAAGAGCUGGAAGUGUGGCUACAUGGCGUGUUCAGCCAAAUACAACUGGCACAUCCUCCUUCUCUUUAAGGAGCUGCUGGGCAGCGCCUUGGCCCACGGCUGCAAGAACAACCACUGUGCUGUGCGCCUCCAGGGGGCGCUGCAUAGGGACAGGUGCAGCCUCAUGUGA